AUGAGCCCGGGCUCAGAAAUUGAUAUUUGGAUAUUGUUGCCCCGCACGAGGGUUUCUUCGGCGGCCGCGCCCCCAUCCCUCUGCUGCCGCCCUGCGGUGCCUGUCCUCGGUCUGCGGUCGCCAAAUACGGACGAGAUCGACAGGAUCCGCCGCAUCUCGCGCAACACCCAGCCGCUGCUGCUCAUCGGCCAUGCAGGGAGCACGGACGAGCUGCUCGUCGACAUCCAUCCCACAGCACCGCCGAAGACGGUGCGCCAGCCUCCUCGACAGCGCGCGGCUCCUACUUGCCACACGAACGGCCGCGUCGCCAAGCUGCAGCGGGUGCCGCGGCGGACGAGGCACCGCUUGUGUCAGAGCCCGAAGCGCCCGUGGAGCUGGCACGGUGGUGGCUCUGCUGUAUGUGGGAGCUCGGUUCCGUCCUCAACUUCCUCCACAGCUGAAAUUGAAUUGUACAAGGAGCUUGAACCAUCGACUCGCUUACUGAUCUUGAAAGCAAUAUGCGACAUACGUGUCGAGAUUGUUAGAAAGCUUAUUUCACUAUGCCGAGAAGCAAUACAGGGGCAUGAAGCAAGCGAGCAGGUGUGUGCAGCGACCUGCUACUGCACUAAUAGCCUUGACAGAGCACCGAGGCCGGCUCGACAGGGCAUGCCGCCUGCCGGUGGACACCUGGAUGUGCGCGUCGGAGAUGGACCCGCUUCAUUGCCUCUGCAGCCUAGACAGAGCUCCGCCAGUGCUGAGACGUGCUCCCGUCGUUGUUGGCUGUCGAAUUUGCAAUGCAAUCCAUCCCUAUGUCGAUGUCUUAACCACUUCGUACUUCUGCACAAUCCGCAGAACAUAGCAGCUGCCGCAAUUUACCCAUUGAUUUCUUGGAGUGAUCCAAACCUAGGAAAGCCUGCUACUUGUGCAAGCAACAGGGUAAGAAGUUUCAGUUUUCUUACUAAUGCACCUCAAUUUGAAAGGUUAGAACAUUUUAUUCACCCGUCCUAUUUUUUAUCUAUACUGAUGAUCAUUUUUUCAUCUCUGUGAUCUUCUUUGCUCCAGUUGUGUUAAUACUUUGUUUGCACGUCAGUGGAAAUUAAAAUUUCUUGCUACCAUGAGAGUUACUCCAUGUCAGUAUGUACAUGCAGAUGUAAGCAAUGGAGAAACUCGUGCAGAUGAUGAUUGAAGCAUUCUUCACGAAUUUUCCAACCUAAACUGGCUACAGAGUUGGGGAAAAGACGAGUCUAGGCUCUUGAUGAACACAUCUUCUUUCCCAGAUGACUAACAGUUGGCACCUCUAUACAUUACAUCAGGCCAACGCUACAAAGCCCCUGUUUGGGAAUAUUUGACUCAGAGCUUUUGCUGAAUGGUAUUGUCGUCCAGAAGUUAGAGUUCGAAAGGCAUGUCCUGGUGCUCCUCACGUUCUGGGAUGAUCAAUCUCCUAUUAUACAUGGCGACGUACACAGGACAAGCCCAAGCUAGCUGAUUAAAAGGCACACAAUCUGUGUACGCAACAAGAGUUGUUGGCGGCUAAAAUCAUGAAGCAACGGACUAACAAAUUGUGGCCAGCAUACACGCAGGCAAAGAUAGCCAAUGUAUUUGCAUGUUUUCUUGACUUAGACUACAAUGCAUUUUCCAUGAAAUAAAUUAUCUUGCCAUCUGCUCUUUAGAUACAGACAUAGAAUAGAUUAAAUGUAUAGAUGUCGGCACAAAUUUCAAAUUUUGGGACGUAACCAAAAUAGUUGGCUAAACUUUGGGAGACAAAGAGAAUAAUUGUAGUUGUGUACAACGAGAAACUCCCUUUCUUUUGAAAUCAUAGUCUGAAAUCAUACUAUAUAAGAGGGUACUUUUGCAACAUGUGCAUUUUCUUACUUCCGAAAUCAUACUAUAUCUUCCCUAAUUAAUAAUAAAGCAGUUACUGCUUCUGGUCGUCCGUCGUCGCUAGCGAUUUUGCAUAAAAGUCCCUUGGUUUAUAAGAAAUUAACCCGCAGUCCCUGUUUUAGUAGGUCUCUAUAUAACGUUUCAAUUUUACAAAAAAGCCCCUCUAAUCCCGCACGGGCGCGAAGCGGACCGCGCCGCCGCCCGCAGCUCCCGCCUGCCCUCGCUCCCCUCGCGCCCGCAAGCUCCCGCCUGCCCUCGCUCCCCUCGCGUCCGCAAGCCGCCUCGCCGGCGACCCCACCCCUCCGCCCCGCCCCGCCGUCGGCGACCUUCACCGCCAGACCUUCGUCUGCUUCGCCGCCUCGCCCCUCUCGCCUCUCCUCCUUCUUCUCAAUCUCCUCUCACCUCUCUCCCUCUUUCUUGCUGGACAGGGGCCUCCAUGGUGCCGCCGACCCUCAAUCUCGCCGGAUCCGGCCGCCCCCACGCCAAAUCCGCCGCAAAUGGAUCCACCCCCGGCCGGAUCCGACCGGGCCCCGCUGUCGUUGCCACCGGAGCGCUCCUCCUCCCCACCGUGGCACAUCCUCUCUAGGUCGCCGGAUCCAGUGCCAUGCCGGCCACGGCCAGAGUUGGAGGAGCUGUUGUCUACUACCUUUCCCUAAAGCGGUGAGCCCUCUACAAUGGAGACGACGUCGUCUCGUCGUGCACACCACGGGGGUUAACGGCAGAGCAGAAGCCCGCGCCCCUACUCCCCACCGCGCCAUAUCCUCUCCAGGUCACCGGAUCAGGCGGAGAUCCCUGCCAGCCGAUGAUGAAUCAUACCCUUCAUAUCUAUACAUCCCCACCCCCCUCAAGAGAAAUCUGGAGGCAAGAAUAGGUUUAAGUUCUCCCACGGCUGCUCUUCUAAUUUUUUACUUAAAUUAGGUAAAGAUUUGCUUGUUCUCUCUCUGCAAUUCAAAUGUGCUAGACGCUUGAAAUACUUAACCUCAUUUGGUUUAGAGAAAUAAAUAAUUCACACAGAUAGUAGAAUACUUAGACGACUUUGAGAAACUUUGGUCAUUAAAACUGAGGAUAUAUGAGUGAGCAUAGAAGAACACAAGUCUAUUCAAAGCAACAGAAUGUAGUAGUUACUUAACAGGCCAGAUUAGUUUCUGUAGUUACCUAUUUUUGCUCUGUCAAAGUGUAAGAUAAUGUUCAUCUCAAUCCAAGAGGUGUAAAUGAUCAUGCCAUCUAAUAAUGGUAUCGAUGUUUGGCUUUGUUUGGCGACUGGAAUUUUCUAUUUCGAAAAGUUACUGGUGAUGGUACAUCAGAAUCGGCAAACUCUACAGGGUUUAAGCAAGUGGUACUAAAAAGUACUUCUAGAAAUUUACAAUGCCUAGGUGGUUUGAUGUUCCAUGUUCAUCACUUUUGCGAAUACUUUGAUAGGACUAAAUGAAUAACAGAACCCUUUGUGCUCUAUAUGAUUUACCGAGAGGAUUGGGCUAGGAGUUAGUUUAAUUUGUAUGUUAGGACAAAGAUGAUUCAGUGAUGAAAUUACAGUUGCUAAUUCAAUGUAUAGAUCCUACUCUGUACACAUUGACAUUCUUAUCAGCAAUUUAAUAUGUCCUAUCUUUUUGACCUUGGAACAGUAGGGGAGCCCCCUAUGGUAUUUUAAUAUGACCUAUCUCAUUCGCCGUUAUUUCUGCUGAAGAUUAUUUGAAAUUAUCAGGCAGUGGCCCUCUUCAAGUCCUACUUUGGUGGAACUUUUGAUCAAGAUGCUAUCAGGAAUAACUUGGUGCUAAUAUACAAACUUCUUGAUGUGCAGAGAUUAUGGACUUUGGUUAUCCUCAGAAUCUCUCACCUAAAUUUUUGAAGUUAUACAUAACCCAGGAACGUGUACGGUCGCCAUUUUCCUCCAAGCCUUCAGAUAAGCCUGUUCUAAAUGCGACCCUGCAAGUUAUCGGUGUUGUUGGUUGGAGAAGAGAUGGUAUUGUGUACAAGAAGAAUGAGGUAUUUGAAUUAAAUUGUAGGGAGGCUUCAGUUGUAUUCAGAAAAAAAACAUAGCACCAACAUUUAUAAUGGUCCUAGGUUCCUAUCAGAGCGGGGGCUACUAGCAAUGCCAUCAUCCUACAUACAUUUUAAAAUGCAUCUCAGUUCUAAUACAUAUUGUACAUGAACCAGCAUUCGUGUUAGAACAAUGGCCCAUAUUUUCCUCUGUUUUUGUUUCUUUGUUGUCUUUAAUGUCAUCUCAUUUUUACAUUCUGUUCUUCUCGCAUGUUAGGUUUUCUUGGACAUUAUUGAGAGCAUAAACCUUCUUAUGUCUUCUAAAGGGAUUUUAUGGACCAUCAAAUUUUACUUAUCUGGUCUGAGGUUUCUCGUGUCUUUCCUGUUCAGCUAUUUGAUGUCCAUUGUGUAUAUUUCUUACAUUUCUGCAGGGCGUGUUCUAUGAUGUGACGUGACUGGAAAGAUUCCAAUGAAGUGUUUCCUUUAUGGAAUGCGCCUAUCUGAAGUUGGGAAUAAAUGCCAAAAUUUAAAUGGCUUAGUAACAUCAUUUUUUCUUUGGGAUGUGUGUCUCCUAUUGAGUGUCAUGGCUAUUGGCAUUCUUAUAUUCAACAUAAAAAUGUAUUCAUAGCUUUUUCAGGCUAUUGGCAUUCUUAUAUUCAGCAUAAAAAUAUAUUCAUAGCUUUUUCAGAGUACGCAUAAAUGCUCAAUAAACUAUUGCAUAGAAUUUUAAUUAAGCGACAUGUGAGAAUUUUUCUGGUUAUAACCUUUAAGAGGAAAUUAGUUUAUUUUGGUAGUAUGUGUCUCCUAACUUGAAUGAAUGCAAACUUUGUAUGUUAAGGUUAUAAGCACGCUUACUUGGAUGGUUGGAUGCACAAACCUCUAACCACAUUAGUGAACUACAGUGUCAUUUUUCUGGCCCUGUAAAAUUGUAAUUAUGCAUAUUCAAUGCGACAUUUGCACGCUGUAAUUCUAUAUUCGGUGCUAAUAUGCUCGCUACCAUGUUGGUCUUCUGAAGCCUUCAUCUCUGCAGGGUCAAACUUUUGAUUUUGGCACUUAGUAAACUACAUCUUGUGCAUUGGAGGAGGUAGCCCCUGGACUGGUGAAGACGUGAAGGGCGACACGAGGAGGCUUGCGGUGGUCGUUCCAGGAGCAUCUCUUCGACAAGUAGCAGUGCACUACGUUGGACAGCUACCAACCGAGACGGCCGGCUGCCUGACAAGGACACCAUUUCUGGUCUUACAGUCCUGGAGCGGUGAGCAUCUGAGCUUCCAUCACCGAUCUGAAUAACAAACUUGCGGCGCUCCUUAGCGUCACUGAUUGAAACAUUAGCAACAACAAUACUUGCUUCAGGCUUAAGGAGUAAAGAACGGCAAGCAUGGAUGACAGAGGGACAACACCUGCUCCAAAUUUGAAAAAUCCAGGAGGUUUACAACAGGCAUGCAAGGUCCUCGAAAAGUUCAAGUAAGUGCUAUACGUGACGUAGAGGAGAAUGCUAUGUAGGACAUGCACAUGUAGUUGCUGCUUCUAAAGAACGGCACAAGUUUGGACCAAACGCUGGGAGAAUACAAAAGGUAUAAUUGCAUAAAGUUUACUACUGUAAUAGAUCCAGGUUGCAGUGAUGAAGAGGACAAUGAUGUGUAGGACAUAGUGGUCGUUACUUCUAUAGAUUCAGAAGGAUGCAGGUUCGGAUCAAUUGUCAAGAUGAUACAAAAGGUGUUGCACAAAUUUUACAUACUACGUUGGGUGAUUUGUUUGGCAUUCA